UUUCCAUGACAUGAAUAUUAACAUUGAGGAACACAAGAGUAAUGAGAUAUGUUUUCCAUGCAGCCUUAUCACAACUAAGUCACGUGGGAGGGAACGACAUAAUGAAACAUUUGGCAAAACAUACAGCAGCGAAUGUGUGACACUGACAGACAACAUCAUUGUAGGACGAGUUUGACGACUGAAAACUGGGAUGUGAGUUCAGCUGCAGCAGCAAGGUGUGUCACUUUCUCUCUGCAGCCAUGACUGAAUCCUUUGAAAAAGCAGCAGAAGAGGCGAAGAUACUGAAACAGAGACCAAACCGUGAAGAACUGACUGCACUAUAUGGUUUAUAUAAACAAGCCACAGCUGGAGAUGUUAACACAGACCGUCCAGGGAUGUUUGACUUGACAGGACGAGGAAAAUGGGAUGCAUGGAAUCAAAAGAAAGGUCUGUCCAAAGAAGAAGCAAUGGCCUCCUAUGUUGAUGUGGUGGAGAAGCUGAAGGCAAAAUAUGGAAUCUAGAGUUUGUGUCU